AAAUACAUGACGUCAUAUUCAAGCGACUUGUCAUGCCUUUAUCAUUUUGACAUUCCGAAUGAAAAGGAUGAAUGUGUACAUACUGUGAAAAAUAAAUUAUCUUUCACUAAAUAUUCAACGCGCAAAUGAUGUGAUAAACAACUUGACUAUCUAAAGUUUGGAAUCGCAAGCAAAGGUUCAUCCAUAAUGAUGUGGCCGAAGCUUACCAGGUCAGCGACAUUUGUGACUCUACGGAUAUGUCGCCAAAGCAACCUAUCAACGCUGAGGCCUGACAUCAGAAGCAUCUCUCAUGGUUCCUCCUGCCUGGACAGCAGAACUCAAAUCAUCCUGCCUCUCUGCAGCAGGUCACCCCUCUUAGCUGGCCAUCCCUCCAUCACAUUGGCCCUGUGGCUUCAACCCAGAAGAACUAUAACUACAGACCGAUCAAGCUGGUAUGAGAGCAUUGCAGACUCCACGCCCAUAUACCUCACAGAGCAGCUCCUUGUGUCCGCUCAACAGAUGACAGGACUGCCGUGGUGGGCCAGCAUUGUGUGCACUACGCUGGCACUGCGUACCGCCAUCACUCUCCCCCUGGGAAUCUAUCAGUCGAUCAUCAUUGCAAAGGUUGAAGCUCUGCAGAAGGAGAUCGCUGUGUUAGCCCACCAGUUACGCUUUGAAAUCUCUGUGAAAGCCAAAGAGAAGGGCUGGUCAGAGAAAACAUGCAGGUUUCAUUUUAAGAAGAAUCUGAAGCGAAUCGUGUCUGAGCUUUAUGUCCGAGAUAACUGCCACCCAUUCAAGGCCAGUUUACUGAUCUGGGUCCAGCUGCCCAUGUGGGUGUGUCUGUCUCUGGCCCUGCGUAAUCUCAGCCUGGGAAUGGGACAUGUUCCCCUAGCAUCAGAAGCAGGUUUGGCAACAGGGGGCGCACUGUGGUUCCCAGACCUGACUCUCCCAGACUCUACCUGGAUCAUGCCCAUUUCUCUUGGCCUUAUCAACUUGCUCAUCACAGAGAUAUUCGCCUUGAGACAACUAGAGCCUUCAAAGUUCCAGAAGUAUGUGACACACUUCAUCAGAGGAAUAUCUCUGCUGAUGAUCCCUAUAGCCGCCACAGUCCCGUCAUCCAUGUCUCUGUACUGGCUCAGCUCUAGUUGUGUUGGACUGGCACAUAACCUGCUCCUGAGAUCCCCUCGCUUCCGGGGCGUCUGUCGGAUCCCUCCAACACGUUCGGAUUCUGAAACUCCAUACAAGGACAUUGCAGCUGCCUUUGUAGCCAAAUACAUCAUAUAGAUGGAUCCAGACAUUGCAGAUUAGAGCAUCAGCUUCUGAAAAUGUGGAAUUGAACAUGUGGAUGUGUGCAAACAGGUUGAUUCAUCCAACAUGACACUGUAACCAAAGGAGUAUGGCAAAACAAAGGCCUUUCUGUCAGGAAUCUCAGUAUAAAGUCAGGAAUGUUAAUGAACAAAAGCAUUUGGAAAGAGACUCCAAUAGUAGUAGAUGUUGUUAAAAAUAAAAA